AUGGCGCGGACUGCAGAAGCUGAGACUCCCAAAUGGCACUCUUCCGACAUCGACCAUAUUCACAAAAACAAUUUCAACACUCUGACUUACUUUGCAGGGUUGAAGUGCCAGUGUAACCGCAUUGACUCCGUAGAAUGGAAAUAGGGACACGAAGGGUUGAAUUCGACCAGUGUUUUGUUAGUUCAUCUUUUAUCGUCAAAGCGCCACCUGUCAAACUCCCUAACGUAACCUAUUA